AUGAAUGUGGGCACGGUGUGGCAGGCGACACAGGGCGUUCUGACGCACUACUUGAGCAGCAAAUUUGCGAAGCAUGAACGCCUGGUGGUUGUGGGGUAUGACGCGCGGCGCAACAGCCGAUAUUAUGCCGCGGUUGUCGCUGCGUGCGCUCUGGUGAAGGGUUUGAAAGUGCACAUGUCGGACACCACAACUGCCACGCCGAUUACGCCUUUUGCCGUCAGGAAGUACAACGCUUUGUUUGGCGUGCAGAUCACGGCCUCGCACAACCCGCGCGACGACAACGGCUACAAGCUGUACGGUCCGAACGGCGUGCAAAUCUUGCCGGAGGAGGCGAACGAGAUCGAACGACUGAUCGAGACGGACAACGAACCGUGGGAGAACGUGGACGAGUUGGUCGACCACGGUUUCAAAUGGCUGGCUUCCACCGCGACAGAGCUCAAAGAGAAGAAAAACGAGUUCACGGCUUUCUGCUACGAAGAGGCGCUGGGCUACGCGUGCUGCAUCGAACAAGUGCCGGACAAAGACGGCAUCAGCGAAGGCUUCCGCUUCAUUCUGCGACCCAGCGGCACCGAGCCGAAGAUCAAGUUCUACACUGAGCUGAUUGCGUCGUGCAGCAAAGAAGAGUGCAAGACGCUUGUGAAGGAGUACUACAACAGAACGGUCAAGUUCUUCGGGUUCUAA